AUGGGAAUAACAUUCUUCUUGGCCUCUUUGGCCUUCCUUCUUCCAUCUAUCACGAAUGCGACACCACUUGAGAAGAGAGCGACGCUCGACGACUGCCUUUCAAAGGGGUCUGUCCCAACAUUAGCUGCUGGAUCCGCAGACUACACACAGUCGCUCAAGUCGUUCAAUAACAGAGUCACUUUUAAGCCAGCUGCAUAUGCGGUUCCGACGACUGUGAAGCAUAUACAGGAUGCCGUGGCUUGUGGAGCGUCCAACAAGGUGCAGGUCACGGCCAAGUCAGGAGGCCACAGCUACGCUUCGCAUGGCUUGGGUGGAGAGGAUGGCCAUCUGAUCGUUGAUAUGCGGAACUUUGCCAAUGUCACUGUCGACCAAACCGCCCAAACUGCUGUAAUUGGCACUGGUGGGAGACUUGGAGACGUAGCUACAGCUCUCUACAAACAAGGCAAACAAGCCAUCAGCCACGGAACAUGCCCAGGCGUCGGUGUCGGAGGUCUCUCUCUACAUGGUGGCUACGGCCUCAUAUCCCGCCUCAAAGGCCUCACCCUCGACAACAUCCUCGAAAUAGAAGUCGUUCUCGCGAACAGCACCGUCGUCACUGCCUCCGAGACGCAGAACCCAGAUCUCUUCUGGGCACUCCGCGGCGCCGGCGCUGCCUUCGGCAUCGUCACAAGCUUCAAAUUCAAGACCUUCACCGCCCCCGAGAGCAACAUCGUCUUCCAGUACAUGGCAUCGCCCUCGUCCGCCUCGCAGCUCAGCACCAUGCUCAGCGCGCUGCAAAACUUCACGCGCAACACUCAGCCGCCGGAACUAAACAUGCGCCUCUUCCUCUCAGCAUUCACCACAUUCUCCGGCGUAUACUACGGCAACCGCACCGACUUCGACAAGCUGAUGACUCCCCUGCUCACGAGCAUGGGCAUCAGCACGGGCGGCUUCUCCUCCGUGACCACCAACGCGUGGCUCGACACGCUAACCUCCUUCUCCAACGGCCCGCUCGAGCAAACCAAGCCCUACGACACGCACGAAACCUUCUUCGCCAAGUCGCUGAUGCCCGAAUGGCUGUCCCCCGACGCCCUCACCGCCCUCGCCAAGUACUGGGACGCCGACGCCCGCGCGAACAGCCGCGCCUGGUACCUCCUGUUCGACUGCCACGGCGGCAAAGCGUCCGCGAUCAGCAACGUCGCGGCCGACGCGACCGCGUACGCGCACCGCAAUGCGACGUUCAAGAUGCAGUUCUACGACCGCGUGUACAGCGGGGAGUACGAUGCAGCGUGGUUCGGCUUUUUGAACGGGUGGGUCAAGGCUAUUAAUGAUGCCAGUCCGGGGGUGGACUUUGGCAUGUAUAUCAACUAUGCGGAUACGAAUCUGACGAGGGCGGAGGCGCAUGAGCAUUAUUGGUUGGGGCAUUAUGAGAGGUUGAGUGGGCUGAAGCAGGUUUGGGAUCCUGGGCAUGUGUUUGAGGGGCCGCAGCUUGUGGGGAGUUAG